CUUUCCCCCGGUCUGUAUCGUCACGCUGCCUAAUUAUUUAAGUCUAGUCAAAUAUAGUACAAGUGAUAUCAGACAGAAGUGUCAUCUCAGUGGAAUGGGCGGUUUCAAAGGCCUGGACCGAGACAACAAAGUAUUCGCACUGAGCGGAGUCUCUGCAGUGACACCUGUCCGCGCAACACCUGGCAGACGGGGCGCACCGUGUGCGCAUGCUCCGUCAGGUCCGACGUCGCAUCUCUUAAAGCACUCGGACCGCGCACCUCCUCGCAGUGGAGAUCGGGUCUUUGCAGGGUUCAGAGCAGCAGCAGCAGCAGCAUCCACCCGCCGGCUCUCCUCUCCACACAGCUGGACUAUUUCUCCGCGCUUCGUCCGCUCUCGGGUCAGAGAUGCCUCGCUCCUUCAUGGUGAAGAGCAAGAAGGCGCACAGUUACCACCAGCCCCGGAGUUUGGAGGAUAACCACAGUAGGCUGGACACACUACUGGCGCAUAUUUGCUCAGACGCGGAUCAGCUCAAAGAGGACUCCGACGUGUCGGUGGACCCGUACGGCCUCUCUCCGGACUCCCACCUGGCCGACGCCGAGGAUUUCUCCCCGAAGUCGCCGCUGAGCUGCGCAGACAGCCUGUGCGGUCGCUCCUCGCUCUACGAGGACUUUUGGAGGCCUCCGUCCCCCUCUGCAUCCCCGGUGGAUUCUGAGAAAUCUCUCUCCCCGCUGGUGGACGAGACGCAGCCCUUCGCCAUUCCCUUCCGGCCGUAUGCCUGGAGCAGCUACCCGGGGCCGGGGCUGAGGCCCCUGGUGCAGCCGAGCCUCCACACGGGCAUGGAGGUGGAAAGGGGCCCGGCGGCGUUGUCCUUCUACGGGGACCGGAGCACCCACUCGGCCCUGUACGCAGACCGGGCCCUGGGCGAGGAGACGUACAGGGACUACAGGAGGCACGCUGCGGCUCUGCUGUUCCCCGAGGGGGGUCUGCACGGAAAGGGCCACGCGGCGAAGGCCCAGUCGGACCUGCUGUGCUCCAGUCUGAUCCUCAAUGGCGCGUUCAAGUGUAUCAAGUGCAGUAAGGUGUUUUCUACUCCGCACGGGUUGGAGGUGCACGUGCGCAGAUCGCACAGCGGCACCAGGCCGUUUGCGUGCGAAAUCUGCGGCAAAACCUUCGGACACGGAGUCAGUCUGGAACAACACAAAGCCGUGCACUCUCAGGAAAGGAGUUUCGACUGCAAGAUCUGCGGUAAAAGCUUCAAGAGGUCUUCCACUCUGUCGACGCACCUGCUCAUCCACUCCGACACGAGGCCGUACCCCUGUCAGUACUGCGGGAAGAGGUUCCACCAGAAGUCCGACAUGAAGAAACACACGUUCAUCCACACAGGUGAGAAGCCACACAAAUGUCAGGUGUGCGGGAAGGCGUUCAGCCAGAGCUCCAACCUCAUCACGCACAGCAGGAAGCACACCGGAUACAAGCCUUUCGGCUGCGACCUCUGCGGGAAAGGUUUCCAGAGGAAAGUGGACCUGCGGAGGCACAAAGAGACGCAGCACCGGCUGAAGUGAAGCAUGACGUCAUGUAAUCGGACUUCAGGGAGGACAUCUGACAGAGACGAUUUUGUUCUUCUUCUUUCUUGGAUCAAGACUCACUUUGAUCCACUUUGUCAACAAAAAAAAACGACUGAAAGACUGCGUUGGAUAUAUGUAUAUACAUACUUUAAAUAUAUAUACACAAUGAUCUCGUCCGAUAUGCAGAUUAUUUAUUUAUUUUAAUAAAGAAAACUCACGAAUAAGACUUUUGCAGAAUUUUGCAGACACUAAUUAUUCUACCAUCCUACAUGCUGAUUGUUCUAAAAGUCCAGAACACCAGAUAUAAGCUGUGAAUUGUGCUGAAGCACAAUCAAAUAAAAGUCUCGUGUUUGUGGACUGAUGUGAAUCAGCGUGGGGGGGCUUUGAGCCGCGACCAGCUGUGUGUCCCACAACGAGAACCGGAUCGACGGUUUGAAGCCUACAGAUAGAAAUCUGCGCUUCUUCAAAGAAUCGAGGCGAUUUGUUUUCAUUUGUGUGCGGAUCCGUGCUGGCAAAACAGACUUUGUGAUUUAAUAAACAGCAGCGUCACCGCCUUG